AUGAAUGCUGCUUUAAGUGGUAGUAUAGAGUCUUUAAAAUAUGCACAUACAGAACAUUGCGAAUGGGAUGAAACAGUAACUGCAGCAGCUGCUUAUAAUGGGCAUAUAGAUUGUUUAAUGUAUGCACGUGAAGAAGGAUGUAAAUGGGACGAAAGAACAACUAGAGCUGCUGCUGAAAAUGGGCAUAUAGAAUGUUUAAUGUAUGCAUAUGAAAAUGGAUGCAAAUGGGAUGAAAGAUUUGAAUUUGAUGAAAGCAUAACUAUAGCUGCUGCAUCAAGCGGCUGUUUAGACUGUUUAAUAUAUGUUUACGAAAAUGGAUGUGGAUGUAUUAAGAGUCUAACUAUAGCAGCUGCAUCAAGUGGUAAUAUCGACUGUUUAAAAGCUGCUGCUGCAAGUGGUAGUAUCGACUGUUUAAAGUAUGUCCACGAAAAGAAAAGUAAUUGGGAUGAGGGUACAACUAGAGCUGCUGCAAAUGGACAUGUUGACUGCCUAAAAUAUGCCCAUGAACAUGGGUGUAAAUGGGAUGAAGGUACGACAAGAGAGGCUGCUGCAAAUGGACAUUUAGACUGCCUAAAAUAUGCCCAUAAAAAUGGAUGUAAUUGGGAUGAAGGUACGAUGAGAGAGGCUGCUGAAAAUGGACAUUUAGACUGCCUAAAAUAUGCCUAUGAAAAUGGUUGUGUAAGCGACGUAGACAUAACAAGAAUUGCUGAUUUAAAUAAACCAAAGUACUCAAAAUGUUUACCCUGA